GUGUGCUCGAUCAAAACAGAGGGCAAAGUUAGUCAGCAAGUUGCAUAGCUUCUGCAUUCUGAUUCUUCAAGCCUCUUUUGUAUGAAGUUUAGCACAAUGUUUUACACUGUGUUUGACCUGAAUGGCAUGCUGAAGAAAACAAUGAAAGGAGCGGACAAAGCGAUUGUGGCAAAGUCCUUUGGAAAAAGGAAAAGCAGCUCUCUAAGGUCCAGGACCAUGGAGAAGCCGGAUGAGCCGUCCGAGGAGAGUAAGGAGGAGAGCCUUUCCAACUGCACCUGUGAAGCCCCCCAACUCGGCAAGAAACCAGUUGAUAAUGAAUUACAUGAUCACCUCCUGAGAGAUAACAAGUGUGAAAGCAUCAACCAGGGUGGACAGUGCGGAUCUGGCAUCUUAUCCUCCAGAGUGCUCGAAAAACUACUAUCAAAGAUGGAUUCUGACGGUGAGGAGCAAACCCUGAUGACAUAUAACAGUAGCACAGGGCUGGCCGACUGCAUCACUGAGACUCACAGCCCAUAUGGGUCCAUGGCGAGGAAGAGGAGUGCUCAGGAAGGGGUGCAGGGUGCCCCCGUCAACAAGAGAAAGUCCCUGCUGAUGAAGCCCCGCCACUACAGCCCCAGCGAGGCAUGUGAAGAGGAGAGCGAGGACCUGGCACCGCCACAGGACAAAGAAGAGCUGAGGAACAUUGACACUCCAGCAGACGGAAACUUGAGUGCAAUCAAUGGAGUUGCCAAGAGAAAUGGCUGCCAUGAUGCAGCAGCAAAGUCCAGUGAUUCUCUCGGAUGGUCAGAAGUUACGUCAAAUGACUCUCCACUGUGUGAGCCGGACAUAUCUGAACGUGUCAUGGAUGAAGAUGAUGAGGAGCUCCUUAAUAAUGAAGAAGAAGACCAAAGUCAAGACAGGAUGAGCGGUGCAUCAUCGCCACAGAAUCUUUACCAAGACAUGAGCGAGGCUGAGUGGGAGCCACUGCCUCUGUCUGCCAAGGUGAAUGGCUCAGGCUGCAGUCCCUCCAGAGCCUCUGAAGACCUUUUAGGCAGGAACGACCACACGAGAGAAGAGCCACACUCAGAAUUAGGAAGUCUGAUGGGCAGAGCGAGUAUUUUUCAGGUUGAGGCUCUAAGAUACAGGCCGCUCCCCCCAGAGGAGGACAGUGAAGGGGAGGCGGAGGCAGACUCAGAGAGGCCCCCUCGACUUGAUGGCUGGCCUAUGGGCCUCCAUGAGAGAGGCCUGGAAAUGAACCGAGGGAGGGUGAACCUCAGCCUGUUGGAGCAGGCCAUAGCGCUGCAGACAGAGCAAAGACAGGUACUACACCAUGCCUACAGGGAGAUGGACCGGUUCCUCAUGGAGCAGAUGACCAAUGAGAGAAGGCACCAUAGGAUGAUGGACAUGGACAGCAGACUCACCUAUCAUGGAGGAAAAGAUUCUCCGCGUACAGAUAAAAAGGAUAUAAAGUGUCCAACUCCUGGCUGCGAUGGCACGGGUCAUGUGACCGGCCUGUACCCACAUCACAGGAGUUUAUCUGGGUGUCCUCAUAAAGUCCGAGUUCCUCCAGAGAUCCUGGCCAUGCAUGAGAACGUCCUCAAGUGCCCUACACCCGGGUGCACAGGAAGAGGCCAUGUCAACAGCAACCGUAGCACCCACCGGAGUCUCUCAGGCUGCCCCAUUGCUGCUGCAGUGAAAGUCUCCAAACCUCAGGACGAGAGCCUGAAAUGCAGACAAACACCUGACCGCUCACCGAGAGCUAUUGGCUUGAUAAAGAAGUUCGAGAUGAACCAGUUGAACUACAGACUCUCUCAUCCAGUAGCAGCCUUGCAAACGAGCCUCACGAAAGACAUGGACAAAUACAGCAGAAUCCGCUUUGAUUAUGCCAGCUUUGAUGCACAGGUCUUCGGCAAACAGCCUCUGAUGGGGACCAACCAGGACCAGGAAAUGUCACAUUUCCCUGAUUCACCUCAGCAGUAUCCUGGCUUCCUUAGUGCUCCUGGUGGCCGUUUGCCCACCUCUGGUCAGCACAGCCCACCAAGUCAAUUCAAAAAAGAAGACGGCCUCCAAGCCGCAGCAGCAACCGCCGCCAUCCUUAACCUCUCCACUCGCUACCGGAAGAACAUGGAGGCUGUUGCUGGCCGGCCCUUGGCAACCUCCACAAAGGACAUGCUCAUAGAGGUGGAUGAAAAUGGCACCCUGGACUUGAGUAUGAAGAAGUGCAAGGAAAAUGUAAAAGCCCAGACAAAAACACCUUUGGACGACCUGCUGUCCCCUUCUGAGUCCACUGUGGCCAAAGGCGGGAGUGUGCUCAUCAGCCCCGCCUUCUACCAGCCGCUGUGUGAGAGAGACAGCUGGGAGAGCCCCAUCCCUGUCAACUUCAGCACAGCACACGUUCUACAGGACGCAGAGCAGGAGGAUUACGACCAUGUCUCCUUGGAGGACCAACACUAUCAAGGAGAUGGCAGCAUGAUGAGUGCCAAAGCCAAGCUGCUAUUACGAGAUUCAAAGAAAGAGCUUUUGAGCUGUCCGACCCCAGGCUGUGACGGCAGCGGCCAUGUGACGGGGAAUUACGCAUCGCAUCGGAGUGUGUCUGGAUGUCCCCUGGCUGACAAAACACUCAAAUCACUGAUGGCAGCCAACUCUCAGGAACUAAAGUGCCCAACACCUGGUUGUGAUGGAUCUGGACAUGUGACUGGGAACUAUGCUUCGCACAGAAGCUUAUCAGGAUGUCCACGUGCCAGAAAGGGAGGUUUGAAGCUCACACCAAACAAGGAUGACAAAGAUGAGCAAGAGCUUAAGUGUCCAGUAAUGGGAUGUGACGGACAGGGCCAUAUAUCGGGAAAAUACACAUCCCACCGCAGUGCAGGCAGUUGUCCACUUGCUGCCAAAAGACAGAAGGAGUCGUCCAUCAAUGGGCUGCCCUUUGCCUGGAAGGCCAAUAAACAGGAACUGCCCCAUUGUCCCUUGCCUGGCUGCAAUGGCCUUGGACAUGCCAAUAAUGUGUUUGCCACUCACAGAAGCUUGUCGGGUUGCCCACUGAACGCACAGAGUAUCAAGAAAAAGCACUCAGAAGAAGAGAUGAUGACUAUCAAACUGAAAGCCAGCAGCGGUGUUGAAAACAAAGAAGAUAUUCAACAUUUGGAUCAUGAGAUUAAGGAACUGAAUGAAUCCAACAUGAAAAUAGAAGCAGAUAUGAUGCAACUUCAAACCCAGCAGAUAUCGUCUAUGGAAUGUAACCUGAAGACAAUUGAAGAGGAGAACAAGAUGAUCGAACAGCACAACGACAGCCUUCUGAAGGAGCUCGCUCGCCUUAGCCAAGCUCUCAUUAACAGUCUAACAGACAUUCAGCUGCCUCAAAUGGGACCCAUCAGUGAGCAUAAUUUUGAAGCCUAUGUGAACACAUUAACUGAUAUGUACAACAACUCGGAGCAUGAAUACUCUCCAGAGUGCAAGGCCCUCUUGGAUAAUAUCAAACAGGCUAUUAAGGGCAUCCAUGUUUAAGCUGUAGAGCUACCAAGAGGUUUCUUUGACUUGGGAUAAUGGCACUAGAUAGCUCUAUUUUACUGAAGAGUGCUGGCUUGGCUGCAUGUAUAAGACAAGGCUUUUGGAAAUGUGUUUGGCAUUUCCCGGUAAAUACACUGCACUGAGAAAAUUACCAGCCAGAUUUGUAAUGCUUUUACUGUUUCUGCAUUCACUUGAUAUGUUUAUCCUGGUGAGAUUUUUACCCCUCUUGCACUUAAUUAUUUUGUAUGGUUUGCUUGAUUUUAAUCUGUAUGUGUUCAAGUCAUUCUUAUAUUAUC